AUUGCUCCAUUCUUUCCUAUCAAACAUCUAUCGUCCUUAUCUCACCUCCUUCUUUUUGCGCUUGUUUCUCUUUUGCAACUCCUCUAUUCCUCGGUACUUAUAUAUAACCUAAUUGUGUGGCAAGUGCUUAAAAACACUUACUAAAACUAAUAUUGUGAAAUAUAUUGCUGUGAACGAUAGAUCUCUAGAAGUUUUUUAAUUGUUUCGUUCGAAAUUUUAAUAACGGUAUGGUACGUAUUUUGCUAUUUGACGAUGUAAAACUAAGAAGUAAUAAGUUUAGCCUUAAAUGUUUACGAAAAACGAACAACAGAAACGACAGUACUGUUCUGUUGUUGACGAAAUGUUUUUGUUUGUUGAAAGUCUUACAUUACAUUACAGAACUAGAAUAUUGCCAUUGGACUUGAUUAUGUCCAUCAAUACAAAGUUUCUUUGUCAAGCGGACCUCGGUGACCAGUUUUGAAUGUCAUGUGAGAUGAGUUCUAGUCCCAGAGCUAUGAGAGACUGCAUGGACCAGUUCAGCUGUGGGCUAUGCCAGGAGGUUUUCCAUAAUUUUACCAUGUUUAUGGAACACAAGUUGCAGCAUAAAGAGCUGCUGGCCAAAGAGACAAAGCUUGAGUGCAUGAUAUGUAUUGAGUCCUUUGUUAGCCUGGCUUGUCUGAGGAAGCAUCUCUAUGAGCAACAUUGCAUUCAGAUCAGUGCUCAUGACAUUAAUGAUGUGGCAAGCGUGAGUUUGGCAGUGGUCCCCAAUGACCCACUCACCGUGUGUGAAACAGUUGAAGAUAUUACUUCACAAGUCUCAGAAUAUGUUUCAGAGGAGUGCAGUGCCCGAUGCUGUCCGAAGGCCAUAUUGAAAUUCAACGACAAUAAAGUCAAUAAAAUCAACCCUCUGCAGUCUCAAUGUUCGCCUCUAAUCUCACCUACUGUGAGAAAUGCAGGCUCGAAUGAGAGUCCAAAUUUGUUUGUAGAUGUUGUGACACAAGAAGAUUCUCAGUCCUGCCUGAGUGCCAGUUGUAUGUCCGGAGCUGUACCUCACACUUUGGCCAAAGUGGCACUUGAAGACUGUUCCGAGGUCCACAUUUUGACUGUGAACUCUGAACACAAUAAUCUCAAAAAUGAUACUGAUUUCAAAGAAGUAAAAGCAUGCCUCUGUAUCGAACAAAAUGAAUCUUGUCCUACAAUUAAAUGUGCCGGUACAGAAUCUUCUCAUUGCUGUCAAAGUAGUGUCUGUCAAGGUGAGCUGGAAGGCAAAGAUUUUGGUUUAAAUGGCUUGACUUCCAAAGAAAAUAACAGUUUUUGUUCAUCUUUUCCUUGCUCUAAUCAUAAUAAAGUGGACAAAGAGGCUGUUUCCAACAUCGAUUUAGUGAAGUUCCCUUCUCAUCAAUAUGUAGCUAGUGAUUGUCCUGUACAGAUAGAGUAUUCCUCUGCUGUUUGUUCAGCUGAUGUUGAGAAUGGGUCGAAAUUAGGGAAAGGAAGUAAUUUAGAGGUUUGUCAUCAUCAAAUUGAAUUCAACUCCAAAAAUGGAAUUGAAGUGCCGGAGAGCAAAAGUAAGCUGACUAACUCACAUGUUCAGGUAGCAGCAAAUACCAAAGAUACUCAAAGGACCCUCGGCAACGUUAAAACCUUUAAUAGCUCAAAAGAUGAUAAUGUGGAAGAGGCUAAGAUGGUAGACUUCCAUUUUCUUUUAGGAACUACCAAUAUCAAAGGUAAUUCAAUGUCUUACGAGAGAACAGAGUUUCGAUGCAUGCACUGUGCAUUUUCCACUGCCUGGCGGCCAUCUUUGAUCAAGCACAUGAAGUACGCUCACAAGGAUACGCUUGUAAUUCAUGAAAUUUUGGAAAUAAAAAAUUGUGAUUCGCAACAAGGAGACAGCCAAACAAACAAAAAUUUUCAAGUCAUGAAAAUGUCUGAGUACUUAGCAGGCACAAUGAAAACAAAAGUGUCGAAAAGACGAGUCAGGAAUGUGGAACGGCAAGAUGUUCCUGGGAAAUAUCACUGCCCCAUUUGCCACAAAGUGUUCAAUCGACUCCGCUACAUUCGUCGCCAUCAAUCCUCCCACCACACAGAAAGGCCCCAUUUGUGUGAUGCAUGUGGGAAGUCUUUCAAAACUAAGGCCACGCUAGUUGCUCAUCGGCGCUCUCACAAGACCAAGAGCUACCACUGCCCCCAGUGCUCAUUCGUCUCCAACAACAGCGCUGCCAUUCACCACCACCGACAACUCCACCCAAACGGUUCUGUGGUCUGUGACAUUUGCGGUACCGCCUACAUCGACAAAUCCACACUGAAGAAACACCGCCGUGUUCAUGAUAGCAGCCGCCCCUUCCCCUGCACGCACCCUGGUUGCACGUGGAGAUUCAAAACUGAUGUGAUGAGAAAAGCUCAUGUUCGGGCACACACGACUGAGGGGAAAUUCCGCUGCCCUCACUGCGGCUAUCAUUUCCGACAAAAACAUCACCUUCAAAGACACAUUGCUAAAAUACAUGCUAGCCUGAGUUUACCAGCAUCUCAGACAAUCACAGUACCCCUAACUCACUCACUUUCUGCCCGUAAUGCCACUUUGCCUAUACCCGGUCUUUCAACUCAGGACCCAACCCCUUCCGUGUGUGAUGCUCAAGCAUUGCCAGUAUCUGCUGAGCUCCUAGCUCCUUCACUAUCUUCACAAGAAGCUGAAGUGAAGCCAGCUACUAAUGACUUGGAACCUCCUACUUUGAAUGGACAAAGUGAUGUUUUCUCAUCUCCACCUAGUCACUUGCUCUGUGCUGUUACAGACUCCACUUUCACUCCUGGUUUGAUGGAAACGGACCAGACCAUGAUUGAAGUUUUGGUAGGUGACAAGCAUGAAAAUCUGUCAAACCUGGAGCAAGAGGAAGAGCAAGUCUCCAGUCUAGACAUUCCUUUGGGAAAUCCGAACAAUUUGGAAUAUAUUACAGAUAGUGGGGAGGUCGUUCAGCUUUUAAGACCUGGUCAGACAUAUAUGGGAAGAGAUCAGCAUGGGAACCUAGUGCAAUAUAAAAUAGCUGAUGUGCAAGAUCCGGAUGAAGUGUCUUCGCAUCCAAUAUAUUUUAUAGGAGUGGAUGGAACUGUGGUUGGCACUGCAAAUAGCCAAGAACUAGCUUUGUUAGUACCUUCUAGAGUAUAAAUCCAUAUCCAUGACAUAGAUGAUCCCUUAGAUGACCCCUUAUCUGUCAUUAUUAUUAUGUUGUUGAGAGAAGCCACCUGUAGAGACUGGAAACUUAUGAUAGUGUUUCUGUGCUGCAAACUAAUUUUUAAUGCAAGAAAGCGUACAAUCAUUAGCGAAGUUUUUCAUCAGAUUUGUUUUUACUACAUGUACAAUGUUAAAGGUAGAAUCCUUUAUUGAUUUAUUUUUUGUCUUUCCACUGAUUUUAUGCUCUCAUUCACUUUGACAGUGUCAUUGUCUUGCAGUCAACUUUCCUUUGCUUUUUUUUCUAGUGGUGUAAUUUUAAUCCCCAAAGCCCCUAUUUUUUCCCCCCCACUGUACAUAGUUUUGAUCACAUAGUGAAACUUGUAGGAUGGUGCCUGUCUACUUCUGCAUCUUCUGUCAGAUUGAAACACUGUGCUCAGUAUGUAUCUGUGACUGUCAUAUUUUACCUGCGAUGUUUAAUGCAGAUAGUAUUCUAUCACUCUUUUGUUGACUAGUAUUUCUUUCUAGAACUGAGGUAAAUUACCUAAUUCUGACUUGACAUGUAUUUUUUCUACAGCUUAUUGUCGAGAGCAGGAGAAAUCAGUCACACACCAACCUCAUUACCUUAUCAUUGCAACUGGAUUCACCCAAGCCCAACACCAUAUUAUUCAUGUCAAGAGUUCAGUAGCAGCUCAUUAGCAGUAACUUGCUUUGAGAGAAUUCUUAGGGAUAGGAGUGAGUGAGCUAAAUAAACUAACAAAAAAA